ACUCACAUGGCGAUUGUGUUUGAGAAACAUUGAUGCAUAGAAUUCAGUGUUUUGUGCCUUUUUAAGAGAUAUUAACGUUGCCGCAAGUUUGUAAAAUGGGUGACAGUGACGACGAGCAGUUUUCGGACAAUGAUCAUUUCACCGAAAAGGAGAAAAUGCUCUUGGAAAAGCACAGGAGCAAAAUCAACAAGAAAUCCAGCCGAGUGGAGGAGAGUGUGCUUGGAUUUGACGAUUCCAGUGACGAAGAUGAAGAGCUUAUUGAAGGGGACGAGGACGGCGAGGACAUGGAAAGCGACGACGUGUUGGAUGACAGCGAAGACGAUUUGCCGAAUUUGCAUAACUGGGGAAAAAAGAAAAAGGCCUACUAUGACGCGGACUUUGUUGACAAGGAUUUCGGAGUCUUGAAUGAAAAAGAGGAGGCAGCUGCAAAGCUGGAAGAGGAGGAGGCUCUUCGUAUCCAAAAAGCGCUGGCUGAACAGUUAGAUGAGGACGAUUUCUUGUUGGGAUUUGACGAAAAGCCCGCAGGAAAGAAGCAACAAGAUGACGUGCAGCAAAAGGAGGUGAAAAGAGACCUGAGCUCUAUGUCAAAUCGAGAGAAGCUGGAGAUUUUCCGCCAGGAGAAUCCUGAGUUUUCCAGUUUGGUAGAGGAGUUCAAAGACAAUGUGGACAUUCUGAAGAACUCGGUUGAGCCUAUCAGAGAAAUGUUGACCAAGGUUGACAUCUCGGCAGCUGAAGACGGAGUUAAUUUGUCAAAUGCACUGGAAACUUACUACCAAGUCUUGUCAAACUACAACAUCAAUUUGAGUUUUUACUUGCUGCUGAAGGCCCGUCGGGUGUCAGUGAAAUCGCACCCUGUAGCUAGGAGGCUGCUGCAGUAUAGAGUUUUGCUGAAAAAAAUCCACAAAAAGUGGAUUGUCUCCAAGGAAAAUAAUCUCAUUCAGAGAAUUCUAACUCUGGCUGAGGAGCAGAUGCAGAAGAGUGUUCCUCUCAAGGAAAUAUCAAACAAACACAAGCUGUUCGUUGAAAAGCUUUUGGACACUAUUGAUCUUACCAAGGACGAAAGCAGUGAAGAUGAGCAGCAAGAGUCUGAAGAUGAGGAGAUGGCUGCAAAGGAAAAGGACCAAAAGAGCGACGCCGAGGAGGAAGGAGCGGAAGAAGAUUUGGACGAAGAAGGAAAGCGGAAAAUCACGUAUCAAAUUGCAAAGAAUAAGGGUCUGACACCCUACAGAAAGAAGGAACUGAGGAAUCCGCGUGUGAAGCACAGGAUGAAAUACAGAAAAGCCGUCAUCAGGCGAAAGGGACAGAUUCGGGAGCACAGGCCAGAGAUUAAAAGGUAUGGAGGAGAAUUAUCUGGAAUCAAGGCUUCUGUCACAAAGAGUGUAAAAUUCAAAUAAAUUAUAAUGUGAUAAUAUGUAUUUUAUCAAUA